CGACGGCGGCGGCCAGGAACUAACUACGCAGUUUAUUUUACCAAAAUCAAACUUAUUGACGGCGUGGCUCCAGCGUCCCUUCAUUCCUUCGUCAGUUUUGUUCUUGUGUGGACGUGCGUGUUCCUCUCUCUCCAAUUUUUCCAAAGGAUACUCAGAUUUCUCUCUCUAAACGACCGUUUUACGAAGCAGACAAGUCAUCAAGAUGGACGCAAAAGUUGAGAUGGAUCAAGCCACUGCGGAGAAGAUCGUCGUUCAGGCGGAUGCCGUGAAGCUCGUCGCUCAGGCCGAUGCCGAGAAACUCCUCGCUGAGGUCGAUGGCGCGGAGAUCAUUGCCGAGGUCGAAGCUGCUGAGGCCGAUGCUGCGGUCAAGGCGGCUCUGGAUAACAAGGCAAAUCAAUGUAAUCCAAACCACGGGCCGACGGGCGAAGGCCGUGCCGCCGGGUACGAAGGGAAAGGAGAUCAAGCGGAUCUCGAUAAUCACGCUAAUCAACUCAACCCUAACCAGAAGGAUUGAAUCUGUUUGGACAUGCGUGAGACAAUUCUUACAAUUUAAUUUUUCUAUUCAUCAGAAUCUCACCAUUUUCCAUACAUAUUAUUUCAACAUUCCUUAUUAAAAUUCGUUGACCAACUAUUUAUAGUUGCAGUUCUUUUUGUUAUGUUUUUACUUUUUGCUUUGAAUAAAAGAAUUUUUUUCUUCUAAAAUGAA